AUGUCUGUUUUUAUCUGUUGUUUAUCCAACCAAGUCUGCUUCUUUUCUUCUAACUCAAUCAUCUAUCCAUUCUAUCCAGUUCAUUUGUUUGUUUCUAUCUAUGUAUCCUUGCCAAAGCCACCACUAUCUCUCUUACGUGUCUGUCUGCCUAUCAUAUCUAGCCUGUUCGCUCCUACCCAAUCUUUACUUAUCAUUCCAUCUAUCCUACCCAGUCUAUUCAUAUCUAUAUAUUAUCCUGGUCUAUUCAUAUCUACCUAUCAUUUUAUCCUAUGCAAUAUGUCCUUAUCUACCUAUAACUCAUACAAAGUCUGUUCUUAUCUAUCUCUUCUACUCUGUCCAGUUUGUUUUUAUGCACCCAGUAAUGUCCUUCUAUUUACCCUGGUCAGUCUUUUUUUAUCUACUUAUCUAUUGUACCCCAUCUCUAUCUAUCCAUCUGCAUAUCAAUCUUACUUUGUUUAUUUCUCUACCCUGUUCAGUGUGUUCUUAUCUUUCUAUUCAUUCAUCCAUCCAUCCUACCCAGUAUAUGUUACUCACUCUUCAAAUCUAUCCACGAAUGAGGCUAUUGAUCUAUCUCAGUCUAUUGGUCUUCAUAUUUAUUUAUCUUUAUCCAUAUCUCAGUUCAUCUAUCUAUUGAUCUCUCUCUGUUUUUAUAGUCUUUAUAUCUAUCCCAACUUUAGUGCUCUUUAUCUAUAUAUUGCUCUAUUUCCUAUUCAUAUUUCUAUAUUUGGAUUUCUUUGGAAAAGAUUUGUCAGACUGCUAUGA